AUGGACUAUCCAGGAGGCAAAAAUUUGCAUUUGCGACACCUGCUUUUUUUCGCUUUUCAUCGAGGACAAAAAGCUGCCGAAGCCGCUCGGGAAAUUUGCAGCGUGUAUGGAGGUGUCAUAGGCCGGAGCGCAGUACACAGAUGGUUUGCAAAGUUCAAGAAGGGCGACUUUGAGCUCGACGACGCGCCUCGCAGUGGACGACCUACAGAAUUCGACGAAGAACAUCUGAUCGCACUUUUGAAGGAGGAUGCGCGCCAAACAACGCGGGAAUUGGCCCAAAGAAUGGGCUGCGGUACGACGACUGUCUCCAACCACCUUCAAUCAAUGGGCUUUAUUCAAAAACUCGGAGCUUGGGUGCCUCACGAACAAAAUCAAAAAAGAAGUUACGGCAAAUAG